GGAACCCUGACCUGGGCUAUUUGUUGCUGCGCCGCCUCCGCCCGAGUCAUGCUCUACGUUCCUCCGUGGCUCACAGCAGCAACCGCCGCCGCCUGGUGAUCACGGGCUUCACUUCCUCCUGCCGAGCCUCCUGACUCCUAGCGCUAUGACUGUCGUCUCUGUCCCGCAGCGGGAGCCGUUCGUCUUGAGCAGCCGUCUUGCGCCGCUUGGCUUUUCUGCCCGGGGUUACUUCGGGGCCCUCCCGAUGGUGACCACGGCUCCGCCGCCUGUACCCCGGAUCCCAGACCCCCGGGCUUUGCCCCCCACUCUCUUCCUCCCUCACUUUCUGGGGGGAGACGGGCCCUGCCUGGCCCCCCAGCCUCGCGCCUCAGCAGCAGCUCUGCCCCACUGCAGCCCUGCCGUGGCAGGAGGCGCCCCACGGGCAGCACCGAAGAAGCGGCGGAAGAAGAAGGUGCGAGCCAACCCGGCGGGGCAGCUGCCCAGUCGCUUCCACCAGUAUCAGCAGCAUCGGCCGAACCUAGAGGGCGGCCGGAGCUCAGGGACGGUCCCGGGCCAGGCCGCCGCCUCGGCAUCGGGCCCAGCGCCCACAAGCUCAGCUGAGGGAGUGAGUCUUGUACCCGGGCCGCUGCGGUCCGCGGCGCCCGGCCAAGCCCAGCUCAGAAAGGAGGUUUUAAAAUCAAAGAUGGGAAAGUCGGAGAAAAUUGCCCUUCCCCACGGCCAACUUGUUCAUGGUAUACAUUUGUGUGAACAACCAAAGAUAAACAGACAGAAAAGCAAAUAUAACUUGCCACUCACCAAAAUCACCUCUGCAAAAAGGAAUGAGAAUAACUUUUGGCAGGAUUCUAUUUCGCCUGAUAGAAUUCAGAAGCAGGAAAAAAAGCCUUUUAAAAACACUGAAAACAUUAAAAAUAUGCAUUUGAAGAAAUCAGCAUUUCUAACUGAAGUGAGCCAAAAGGAAAAUUACGCUGGGGCAAAGUUCAGUGAUCCGCCUUCUCCUAGUGUUCUUCCAAAGCCGCCUAGUCACUGGAUGGGAAGCACUGUUGAAAAUUCCAUCCAAAAUAGGGAACUAAUGGCAGUACACUUAAAAACGCUCCUAAAAGUUCAGACUUAGAUUUCCGUAUGUAUGUAAAACAUAGUUUUCCCCAAAUCCUGGACUCUUUAAAAGAAUAGGUACAGAAGUGGAAAUUUGUACCAGUUGAGUGCAAAAGAUGAGCUUAGUACAGCUUGUAUUAUAUUUUAUAUUUUGUAAAUACUGUAUACCAUGUAUUAUGUGUAUAUUGUUCAUAUUUGAGAGGUACUUUAUAGUUUUGUUAUGAAAGUAUGUAUUUUGCCCUGCCAGUGUGGUAGGUGUUUUGUAUAUAUAGUGGACAAAUUUUAACUGUGCUAAGGCACAUGGAAGACUGAUUUAUUUGCACAAGGUACUAAGAUUUUUUUCAAGAAACAGCUGUUAAAUCUCAAAGUGAAGAUCUAAAUGUGAACGGUUUAUUAAUGCACUACUGAAGUUUAAAUCUGUGGCACAAUCAUUGUAAACAUAGUUUGUCUGUGUUUCUCUAAUUGAUUUCCACCUUCUGAUCUGUAAUUGUUGGAAAAUGAUCAUUUUUACCAAACUUAAUUUGUGAGCUUUGAUAUAUAGCCAUUAUUCAAAUUUAAAACUCCUCUAAUUUUAAUGCCAACAGAAUUGGUUGUAAUCAAAUUUUAAAGUAAUAAUAAUUUGACCCUCCCCCCUUUUAAA